AUGGUCUACCGGAUCGAGCAAGUGCGCUCGCUGCGGGCCAAGGUCGCCGCCGUCGCCGAGGCCGCCGACAGCAUCGUCUACUACGUCAUCGAAGUCGAGCAUGGCACGUCAGCGUGGAGCAUCGCGAAGCGCUACUCGGACUUUCACGAACUCUGGUCGGCGCUGCAUGCGCAUUUCGCCGCGCCGCCCGACGACGACUGCCACGCCGAGGUCGCGACCGACGUCGUCGACCUUGAUUUUCCCAAGAAGAAGAUGUUUCGCUCGCACGAUCUCGCGCUGAGCCGCCUCGACGCGCUACGAAGCUACCUAAAGCUUCUCAUCAUUGCGCUCCAAGACGACCUCUGCGACGACGACACGACAUGUGACGCCGCCACGCGCCUUCGCACCUUCCUCGGUCAUGGAUACCUUGCCCUUUGA